AUGAAACACGGACAGUUAAUAUGUCACCUAAAACUUAUAUUCUGUUCCACCACGAUGUGCUUCACUCAAUUUCUGAUCGGCUGUUCGUAUUCAUUUUCAUCUACGCUUGUGGCACAACUUCGAGAACCUUCGUCAACAAUACAUUUGAGUAUCGAAGAGGAAUCUUGGAUAACAAGUAUAACAAUACUUAUAUGUCCGAUCGGCUUACUCAUAAUUGGAAUACUAACCGACAAAUUCGGUAGACGGAAAACUGUUCAAAUUGUCUACGUACCGAUGGCUUUAAGUUGGCUAAUAAUUACAUUUGCUAACUCUUAUACCACACUAUUAAUCGGAAAAAUUAUACUUGGAAUCCCAUUUGGCGUGAGUACGUGCAUGUUUCUGUACAUUUCCGAAAUAACACCAGCCAACCUGCGACCGCUGUAUAUAACAUUGGUUACCAUGACCGUGGGCCUGGGUAUGAUGGCGGAAUGCAUAUUGGCCAUGUUCUACCGCUGUCAAACCAUAUCCGGUAUCAUGUUCGUGUUGUGUUUGGUCAAUUUCUUGACGUUAUUCAUGGUGCCGGAACCACCGAUGUAUCUCAGGGCCAAGGGCCGGACCGCCGAUGCGGACGAGGUGGACAGGUGGCUGGAUUUGGGCCACUUGACCACGGGGACGUCCACAACCGCGGCGAUGCCAUCGGCUGCUGUGGUCGAACAACCCACCUUGGCCGUGGCGAUGGACGCCAACGGGCCCGCGGCCGCAUCAUCACCAUACUGGACGCUGUUCCUGAGGCGCAACGUGUGGAUGCCGACGGUGGUCACUCUGACGUUCUUUGUCUGCCAGCAGGGAAGUGGCGUGUACGUGCUGCUGUUCUACUCAAUGGACGUGCUCCGGGACUGCAGGGUGCCGUGGGACAGCAACACCGUUUCACUAUUCCUGUCCGUGGCCCGGCUGAUGGGUGGCCUUGGUUUCGCGGCGAUGCACAGAGUCCCGCGCCGGACGCUCGUCAUGAUUUCCGGUGGAUGUAUGGCCGUCUCACUGCUCAUAGUAGUUGCCUACAUGAAAGUGUUCGCGGGCGUCCAGGACCCGCCGUUCGCAAUGACACUCAUCGUCGCAUUCAUAAUGUUCAUGUUCUUCGCUCUGCUGGCCAUUUUGCCCAUGCCCUGGAUACUGUGUGGUGAGGUUUUCCCAAUGGCGGUAAAAGGUGUUAUGAAUGGAGUUGUACAGACAUGUGGAUAUGUCAUGUGGUUUAUGAUUUGCAAAAUAUAUCCAUCACUGAUCUCAAAUUUAGGAGUGGAAAUCGUUUGGUCGAUAUUCGCUUUCUUCUGUAUAUUAAACGUGUUAUUUGCUAUAUUUAUUAUGCCCGAAACCAAAGGGAAAACUCUAGACGAAGUCUUGUUGUAUUUCGAACCUGAGAAGAAAAUUAAGAAAAUCAACAUUCCAUAA